AUGGAGAACGAAACCGUCAGCCUUGAAUCCAUCAUCAACAACAACCUCAAUGGCCGUGAUCUCGAAGAGUUCAACAGAAUCUACUACGGAAGAACUGACAACCAUGAAGUUAAGCUAAAGGAAUCUUCUAUUGCCGCCGCUAAAGAAGCAGACUUCGAAAUCGCUUCUUAUGCUUUCCCCGCUAAGAAAGAGCAGACCAGGCCCCCCAGGAUUGUGAAAGUUGGUGUCAUCCAGCAUUCCAUCGCCGCUCCCACCGACCGCCCCGUCAACGAGCAGAAGAAAGCUAUCUUCGAAAAAGUUAAGAAGAUCAUUGAUGUCGCCGGCCAGGAAGGCGUCAACAUUAUUUGUUUCCAAGAGUUAUGGAACAUGCCUUUCGCUUUCUGCACCAGGGAGAAACAACCUUGGUGCGAAUUCGCCGAAUCAGCUGAAGAUGGCCCUACUACGAGAUUCCUGAGUGAGUUGGCUGCUAAAUACGCAAUGGUAUUCGUGUCGUCUAUUCUCGAAAGAGACGAGAACCACUCCGACAUCUUAUGGAACACCGCCGUAAUUAUUAGCGACACUGGAAGCGUUAUUGGCAAGCAUCGCAAGAACCACAUUCCAAGAGUGGGAGACUUCAAUGAAUCUAACUAUUACAUGGAGGGUAAUACUGGCCAUCCAGUCUUCGCGACCCGGUACGGUAAGAUUGCAGUGAACAUUUGCUUCGGACGUCAUCACGUGCUGAACUGGAUGAUGUUCGGACAGAAUGGAGCCGAGAUUGUGUUCAAUCCAUCCGCUACUAUUGCUGCUGAGGCUGGCAGUGAGUACAUGUGGAACAUUGAGGCUAGAAACGCCGCCAUCACGAACUGCUACUAUACAGCUGCGAUCAACAGAGUCGGGUAUGAAGAGUUCCCUAACGAAUUUACUUCUGCUGAUGGGAAACCAGCUCACAAAGACCUGGGUCUGUUCUACGGGUCUAGUUACUUCACUGGCCCUGAUGGCGUUCGGUGUCCUGGACUUUCGCGCACCAGGGACGGGCUGUUGAUUGCUGUGAUGGACUUGAACAAGAACAGGCAGAUUAAGGAUAGACGCUGCUACUACAUGACCCAGCGUCUUGACAUGUAUGUGAGCAGCCUCAGCAAGGUGCUGGAGCUGGACUACAAGCCACAAGUUGUUCAUGAGAACGAGAAGUGA